GCCAUGCGUUUCUUAUCUAAGUUUCUCGCACUUAUGUUCAUAUUCCUACAAUCAGGAAGAAGUGAAAUAAUUAAGAGGUCGGUGUUUUUUAACACAAAUGAGAAUGUCAGACUUGAUUCAAGCGAGAUAAUCAGCCGCCAAACAAGCCGAGGUGCACUAUCUUGUUCGCAAAAAUGUUUAUCAGAGCCGCUUUGCUCUGUAUUCAAUUACGGCUCUACUUCAGCGAGUCAGGGAAUCUGUGAAUUAUAUAAAACAUCCAGCGAUGGUAUGAAACUAAUCCACGAAUCAGGAUGGCUGUGCGGACAUCUUCACGGACCCAGGAAAAUGUUCAAAGCUCCUACCGAAUGUAAAACUUGGCGAACCAAAGAUGGAGGUUGCUGUGUAUUUCCAUUCCUUUACCACGGUAAAAAUCGGGACUCGUGCGUAAUUGACAAGAGGUUCGGACUGUGGUGCUCCACCACCAGUAAUUAUGAUGUUGACAAGAGGCGUAGUGUGUGCGAGGAUUUCAAAUUUACAUUCACAACCCUUGGUGCAGUGGGUCGCACGGGGCCUACAGAUUCAUCCGGGUAUAAAGGAAAAACAUUACAAGGGCAGGUUAAGAUUGAAAACGGCAUCCAAUUAUGGACUGUACCGUUAAGUGGAUCUUACUUCAUAGAGGCCUGGGGAGCAUCUGGAGCUGACGGCCGCGAAUCAGCUGACGUGUCAGCAGCCACAAGAGCAGGAGGGAAAGGCGCUUAUGUAAAAGGAACUUUCAAUCUCACUCUUGGAAAAGAACUCAAAAUUCUUGUUGGACAAACUGGUAGCAGAGGAAAAUUUGGUAGACCGUUACCGGGAGGGGGAGGAGGGGGAACAUUUAUCACUUCUUCAGCAGACGCUCCCUUGAUUAUUGCUGGUGGAGGGGGAGGGGGUGUUGCGCAGCCAGGAAAUUUCCAUAAAGGAGAUCCAGGCCAGACCUCACAAAAUGGAUCACGGGCCGGGGGUUCAAACGGAUCUGGCGGAAACCUAUACGAGCAGGGCUCGCCGUCAGCCUCGUUUGAAUGCGGGGCGGGUGGCCAUGGAGGAUUUGGGGGAGGUGGAGCAGCAUUUCUGUAUCCCGGGGCAGGGGGUGGGUACUCGGGCGGGGGCGUUGUGAAAAAUAAGGAAGAAACCAACGCUGGCGGCGGAGGGUCUUUUAACUCCGGAGCUAAAUCGGAAAAGGAAGAAGGGUUGGUAGAAGGAGAUGGUAAGGUCAUCAUUACACUUCUGGAGGCUGAUAAGGAAUUUGUUUAGGAGCAUUACAAUGCUACCGUACAAAGAGAAACAUCGAAAGCUUCAACUAAAAA